ACUUACUCAAAUGAGGGAAGGAAAAAGAGGCUUGGUUUACUGGGAGCAGAAAGGUGCUGCUUGCAGGUAACAAAGGAAAACGGACCUUGGAACUAAACAGAGCCCGGAAGUUAGUGGAGGCAAUUUGGAUAUAAGACGUUUAGCAUCAAUAAACCUUUGUCAGUGGCUGAGAUAAAGACCGAGAGCGAAGAGGGUGGAAAGGUCCUGACACAGCCAGGAGCCCGCGGGUUUGGAUCGCCACAGAUUGCUUCACCUCUCUGACCUGGAAGAGUUACACUACUUGGGAUUACUUCCUCGAUCGGCUCAAGUAAAGUGGAGGCACUCAUGGCAUCAGGGCCUGCAAGCAGUGCGGGGUUUGGAGCGGCUCCCAAGGGUGGCCUCAGUCAGCACCGGGUGGAGUCUCCGAUGAUCUUCCGUAACCUGCCCCCGGAGCCGGAACCGGAGCCCCGAUGGCCUGAGAAGCUGAUGAGCACGAACCUGCUGCCCAGGUUUUUGGAAGAACACAACCAGGUGAUGGGGAGCGUCCAGAUCAUGAUUGGCCUGAUCCACAUCGCCCUGGGAUUCAUCCUGGGGAAAAUGACACCUGGAGGCUAUGACUCCCUCUCUUUUCGAGGAGGCUAUCCAUUCUGGGGAGGCAUCUCGUUCAUCAUUUCAGGAUCCCUCUCUGUGCAUAUCGUAAAGCACGUUACACCGUAUAUGGUGAUCAUGAGCGUGGGGAUGAACGUGACCAGUGCUAUCGUGACGGUGAUCGGUAUCAUUCUUUUCACCGCAGAACUGAUUGCCAAUGGUUCCGACCUGGUCACCGUGUCCUGGGGAAAGAUUCCUGGGAGAGGAAUAUCAAUAAUCCUGCUGCUCUUCUCUGCCCUGGAACUCGCAAUCACGUGCUUAGCCUCCCAUUUCGGACUCCUGCCAUGUACCUGGAACAGGAAUGGGGGGACUACGGUUAUUUCAAAUGCUCACGCUGGCAAUCCUCCAGCUGCCUCUACAUCCGUGCCUCCUGAACCAAUUUAUUCCAAUACGGUGAACGCUUCCAUGAUGGGAUCACGAUGACGUCCUGCAGAUCUCCGACUCGUGGCCAUCUGCGUCGCCCAUUCCCUCCCGGUCCCGAGACUCCGCUAGGGGAGAGCGGCUCGGUCUCCAGGGUCCCUGCGUGGGGCUCCCAGCUCUCCUCCUGGGAAGGAGGGGAGGCGAGAGGAGGACUCCCCGGAAGCGCUGCUGGAACCUUCCAGCCCGAGUCUUCCCCAGUCCUCUUCCGCCAGUAAAGAAUAAAGCUCACUGUGGACAGGGAAUGUUGUGAUAUUGUACUCUAAGUGCUUAAUCCAGUAAGCCCUCAAUAAAUACAAGUAAAUGAAUGGCAAAGGAUGAUGACAAUUUAGCCUUCUCUGGGGCUGGGGGUAUGUGAGACUGUGUGCGUAAAGUUGAGAUGAUGAAAUCCAGAUUGAAUCUUCUGAUAAAAUCUAAUUCAUCCUUCAGCCAACA